AUGCCCGGCUGCCGCCAUGUGUCGGUGCAGGCUGAGCAGCUGCUGGCCAGUGGCAAGGCCAAGUACGAGGGUGGCGACCGCAUGGGCGCCCUCAGGCUGUGGGAGCAGGCGCUGGAGCAGAGCCCCACUCAGGAGCAGCGGCUGGCAGCGCUGUUCAACUCCGCCUGCGUGCACGCCUCGUUUGGAGACGUGGAGCUGGCCCAGAUACCGCUGAAGGACGCCAUCUAUGGCGGCCUCGACUAUGCGGCGGCGGUGGCCCAGCAAGACGAGCGGUUUGUCAAGCUGAAGGCGUCGGCACAGGUGAUGAUCCAGAUGCGCAAGUUCAACGAGCAAGUGCUGCGUUCAAAGGCCAGCGGCCCAGCGGCACCGCCCUCGUUUGGCAGCGGCAGCCGCAGCAGCAGCAGCGGCGGCGGCGGCGGCGGCAGCAGCAGCAAGGCCAGCGGCAAGGGCCUACUAGGGAAAGACAUGUCGGACGUUCUCAGCACAGACGCGGAGAGCAUCGACGCAUCCAUCGGCGGCAUCAUCAAGCGUGUGGCGGUGCUGCUGCUGGUGCUGAGUGGGCUGGGCGUGGUGCUCUUCUACCUUGGCCUCAAGUAUGCAUUCCCUGAGAGCCCCUACUGA